GACUAUACAGCUCUCACCCUGCCCACUUCUUGCUCAGUACAAGUCUAACUUCAGCAGGGAGUGCACUGCACUCUUGGAUUACACAUAUCCAUCACAGAAGGAGUACAGUUUGUCUUCAGAGCAGCACAAAGCCCCACAGACCACAGCAGCAUGGGGAGCAGCAUGUCAUGUGUCCCCCAGCACAACUUCAGAUUCUCCAGCAAGAGUUUCAUACGCAGAAACAGCAGUCGCCUGUUUCGCAAGAAGAAUCCCCAAGAGGGACAGGAGAAGUCCAACAGCAUCAUCAAUAUCUUGUGCACUGUCACCCCCAGGAAGGAAAUGUCUCAUAAAGAUCUGCAGACAAUAAACAACAUAAAAUGGGAUCCUCCGUUUCCUUAUGACCCAGCCAGUGGCUGGAAGAAGAGUAGCAUCAAUGUGAAGAAUUACGGACGGAUGAUUCACAGCUCCAAAGUUCGUUUCCGUUUCCUCCACUGCCAGGAUGUACAUGAUUGCUACCUGGAUCUCUUCCAGACACACCUUCAUUUUGUCUCCAACAACACAACCGGAUUGACAUACCAGGGAACUCUUCCACUGAAAGAACUCACCAUCUUCAACCUGCAACAGAACUGCAACCACAGCCAACCCCAGGAAUUCGCCUUUCAAAUAAAUGGUGUCAGCCUUAACCCCAUCAUCGUCUACUGUGCCAACCAAGAAGAAAUGGACCUAUGGUUUGAUCUGCUCAAAGAAAAUAUCGAGGCCAAUGGAGGCACUGCAAUUGCACCCGAAAACUACACCAGAAUCAAACUAAACCAGGAUGAGACACCUGAGGCCAGAGAGGAGCUGAGGAACUCUAUCAACAGAGAGCACAUCUAUGAGUGGGAGGGCUCUCAGCGGGACAGCCUGGGCCCCAUCACCUAUGUCACUAAAGUCCGACUGCAGCACCUGCCCUGUCAGGAACAGAGUGACAGACUACUCGUAAUGUACCCAUCAACGCUGAUCAUCCUAUCAGAGGAGAAUGAUGGACUCUUCUAUAAGGGGAAACUUCCACUUAACAUGAUUACUGUGACCACACCCUGCCAAGACGUCAAGCCCAACACCUUUAUGAUUGAAGGGAAGCUGAUCAACCCCAUAGUGGUGUCAUGUCUGGAUAGGGCCGAGUUCUGUGACUGGAUCCAGCAUUUCAAAGCUGCUGAUGUACCCGUUCUCAGCCCCCCACCCCCUGUGUAUGACAUCAUCUACACCCCGACGCACAGAGAGGCUCCACAGUUUGACAGGUGGAGUGGAAACAGCCAAGGACGAACUGAGUCUCUUAAGUUCAGCCAGUCACAGAGUGGACGUGGGUCCCACAACCUUCAGUUACCCAUUCAUGAAGACAACCCUCUCUCCCCAGGAUACUCUGAACCCCUCUGUUACAGCUCCAGUCGUCCCUCCUCGACUGAGACUUCCCGUCUGGGCAGCAGAACCAACAGCGUGUCUUCCCACACCAGGCUCGAGCGAGACCUACGACCUGUGUCACUGCGCUACUCAUCCCCCCAGCGCAGCUCCAACCUCCCGCCUGCUGAGAGCUCAGUGCUGUCUCAGCUCUACAGCACACCCUACUCUGCCCUGCAUCGUGCCAGCCCACAGCAGCAGGAGAAAGCCCCACUUGUCAAGUCUAACAGCUGGAGCACCCCUCAGACGUCCCUGAACUACUCCCUGAACGCCCCCCAGCGCCACUCGGACAUGUGCGCCCCCCGACAACCUUUGUCGCCCCUGUACGAUGAGCCCUGCAGUCCCGAAAUCUACUCCCUGAAUGAGGCCAGGCCAGUGCAGCAGAGCUGGCAAGAGCCGAUUCAGCACCACCAGCAGCAGCAGCAGCAGGGCCCCCAGCUCCUACCCUCCUCCUUCCAGCUCCGCACCCCUCCUAUGGGCAGGCGCUGCAGGAGAAGCCUGGUCCUGACCAACUCCCAGGGACAGGCUCUGGGCCUGGAGAUGGAGACUCCUAUAAGCCAAGAAGAGCAAAGAGCAGAGGCCGUGUCAAGGCUAAAGCUGCUGCCUGCGCCUGGCCAAGUGCAAGAGCAGAUUCUCCUCCCAUCGUGCUCUGUGAGGAACACCUCUCAGAUGCCUUACGGUUACUCACCAGAUCACCACUCGUACCUUGAACCCACAGAACCAGAUGACCAGGAAAUGGACUAUGACAACAUUUGGGAGUACGACUGUGAUACUGGAAUGAUUCAGCCAACGUCUGGAAUUUCGACACACUGGACAGGAUUAGACAUUGGGGCCAGAGGCCUUAGUGCCAUGGCAACCCAGCAGAGAUGGUCAUAAAACAAAACAAUAGCCCGGCACUCGUCUGGACGUGUGCAAACAACAGAUCUCUAUCAGAGGGAUAAUAAAAGCCAACUAGCAUAGCCAGUGUUGCUCCUGCUGCAUACAGUAUGAACCAACAAAUCACAUGAACUGCACUGUUAGAUGUUGGGUAGUCAAGCAGAGGAAUGAUGAGUGCAGGUAUAAAGAGGAACGGGCUAAAAACAAAACAUUAUGAUAGUGAUAACAGACAGACUUCAAUUGUCUCUUUGAUAUGUAGCAUUCAAGAAAGAAGACAGCAGAGUGUAUAUACUGUGUAGCUUAAUGUUAUUUUUUUUAAAUGUAUUAUAUAAUUGCACUAAAGGUUUCAUAUGUAGUGCAAGAACCUCCAGUUUUUUAAUAUUUAAAGUAUUUUCUAACAUGCUGUCCAGUUUACUUAUUGUGAUAUUUUUGUUUCGUUUCUGAUUAAAGCUAUAAAAGCAUUCCAUCAGGGCUUGUUAUAGUAAAGGCUGUAUAUUUUUGUAAAUGUUGUAGAUUUAUUAUUUUAUUACACUACAUUAUCAGGGCAAAUAGAUGUGGCUUCCUGCCUUAAAGGCGCUAAUAUUACUAUUACCUGUGUGGCUUCCUUUUUUCAUUUUUGUUUGAGGUGUUUAUUUAUAUUUGGAAAUAAAACUGGAAAAAAUAAUUA